AUGGACAAAUUCAUCAGUGCAAAAGACAAAGCUUUCUUAGUAGAUUGUGUUUCUUGGUGGCAUGACAGACAUGGGUUCAUUUUUCAUGCAUUUGCUGUACAGGAUGCACCGCAGAUGAAUCAAGCAGAAGUGAUCCACGCUAGUUGGGUGCACAGAGACUGCCCCAAUUUAUCACUGCUAGAUGCAAGUCAAGCAGACACACAAGAGUCUUUGUUGCUUGACAUUGAACUCCAAAACUACCAGUCUGGUUCUCCAUCAGGUGAAAGUGGCCCUUCCUAUGCUGAUUGGCAGUGGAGAGGAGACAUGCUAGCCAGAUAAAUAAAGCCCGAUCCAUAGGAAAAGAGAUGUUUGCAGAUCACAAUGAAAAACAUGGCUUACUGAUUGACCUGCAAUCAUCACACCGUCCUAGCAGUAGAAAAAAAUCAAAACGGAAUCUGAAGAAGCAUCUUGAAGAGUGAGACUAACACUAUUCCCACACUCCAGCAACCAGAUGUUGUGACAUCUAUGGCACCACAGAUGUCCUCUGCAGCACUGCAGAUACCCUCGCAAAUGCUGCCACAAUAUACACUGCCACAAGGAUCCCCUUGCAUACUGGCUCCCCAGCUACCAGUGAACCUGCCUUUUCAGAUCCCCCCUUGGCAUACAACAGCUUCCAGUAACACCCUCGCCUCCAAUUUCUCAUCGUACACCCAUGCAGGUGCCCCCACUGGUUCCGCCAAUUGGACCAGUUUUGCCACAACAAGCACCAGCUCCAUCAUGGAAUGCUGGUAUGUCACCUAAUGCCUAUGAGGUUGUGGUGACACCCACCAGGGUGCAAAGGUACUAUGGUUGCGGAAAUGAUUUUUCUCCUAAGUACAAAACCCUACCAACGAAUAUAAUCAUUAAACAUGUGGACAGGAGAGUAACAAGGAGAAACAAGCAAACUGGAAAGUGUACAGCAGUGAUUUCAGCAAUACAUAUUAUCAUCUGAUUCCAUCGCACAUUUCAAGGAAAAAUCCUCUUUUCACAGGACUUGUGUACAUUGACAAUACCGUCUAUGCUUCCUUAAACCAGGCACAGUGCAGUAUUCUUUUCAAUCUAAUAUAA